AUGUCUACGGCUCAGGAAAACGCUCAGUCCAUCAAGGUCUUAGAUGACCUGAUGCAAAAGCUCACUAUUUCCAAGGAUGCUGCUUCUAUUAAGGAUGCAUCUCACUCUCUGGCCUCUUUCAUCAACGGUCGCAUCGAGGACCAAGAAGCCCCCACUAGAACCGUGGAGGCCCUAAAGAAGCAGAUUACCAACAAGAAGGAUGCUGCGGCUCGCGAGAAGGCAGCCAAUGCCGUCCAGGCCAUUGCCCAGCACUCUGAGAUCGCCCCUAACGUCGAGCCCUACUUGGUUCUCCUACUACCUUUGACCCUAGCUGCUAUUGGCGACAAGAUCACUGGUGUCAAGAAUGCUGCUAUUGCUGCCACCACCGCCAUUAUUGAGGCUGUCAACCCCAAUGCUGUUAAGGCCGUCCUACCCGUCAUUGUCAAGUCUAUUCUCGAGUCCCAGAAAUGGCCCGAGAAGAUUACCGCCCUUGACUGCAUUGAUAUCCUUGUUCGAACUUCCCCUGCCCAGCUGGCAUUCCGAGUUCCUGAGCUCAUCCCUGUUAUCUCCGAGUCCAUGUGGGAUACCAAGAAGGAAGUGAAGGAGCGUGCAUACAAGACUAUGGAGAAGAUCUGCGAGUUGAUUGUCAACAAGGAUAUUGAGCGAUUCAUCCCCGAACUUAUCAAGUGUAUCGCUAAGCCUGAGAACGUCCCUGAGACUGUACACUCGGUGCUACAACCUUCGUUACUGAGGUUCAAGAGCCUACUUUAG